GGCGGCGGCGGCGGCGGCGGCUGCCGGGGUGGCGGGGCCGCCCAAGGCCCAGCGCCUGCAGCAGCGCAGCGUCUCCACCAUCGUGCCACCCACCAUACGGACGGAUGACGGCGACAUCCGCGUCCAGAAGCUGUCCACGGUAUCGCUGCCUGACUACCAGCAGCUGGACCAGGCGAAACUCAAGGCAGUGGACAGGAACCACCUGAGCCCGGGCACCGGCAGCGGCAUGGCCAGCAGUCUCAGCUCCAUCUCAGAGGCCACGGUGGAGCGUCUGGAGACGUACCUGCGCCGGUGCCGCAGCUUCGGCUCGGUGAACACGGAGGAGCUGGUGGAGCGGCUGGCGGCGCAGAGCCGCUCGCACUCGCCGUCGCACUCGCCGGCGUCGUCGUCGGACGAGGAGAGCGACGACUCGUGGGACAUGGGCGGCGUCGACAACCCGGUGAGGCCGGGCGAGGGCCCGCCGCUGUCGCCGACGCACCGGCUCAGCGGCAAGCGGCGCCGGCUGGGCGUGGCGCUGCCCCGGGGCUCGCUGCCGUCCGAGGAGCAGCCGUGGUUCCACAGCCAGCGCGAGCCGAGGGAGGCCUCCGACUCGCCAUCCGCCUUCUUCGCGGACAACGACUGCCGCCCCGAGGAGUCCGACACCGAGUCCGGCCUGCGGGAGGUCAGGAAGGAGCUGCAGUCCAUCGUCUACGACUUCAACGUGUACGGCAACAAGGAGAACAAGUCCAGGACCGACAUGGAGAUACUGCCCACCAAGCCCAUCACUCAGGAGCGCAAGAAGAAGAUAUCGAUCAAGAGCAUCACCCCGCCCCCGUCGCCAGAGCUGACCGACCACGAAGAAGAGCCUAUCAAGAAUGGCGAGGUCAACACUCGCACUGAAGUCGUUUCAAAGAUACUGAACGGCUACGACAAGGUCAUCGCCUCAGCCACGGCACUGCGGAGCCCGGAGGUGGAGGCAGAGGCGGUGCUGCGGCAGCUGGGCGUGCCGGCCAGCCUGUCAGAGGGCUCUCCAGCAACAGCAGGCUCCAGUAGGCGCUCCUCCAUGACGCCGUCGCUCAGUGAGCUGGAGGCCGCCAUCUCGGACCUGCUGGAACAGACGCAGGCCGCCGACGGCGACGACGACGACAACGGCUCUGCUGAUAACAGAAUAAAUAAUAUGCUGGAAGACAGUGACAAAAAUAAGCGGCCUGAUGGAAAAGUCACCCAGACAACCGUUCCAGGAGUAGCGGGGCUUCCAGGCAAAACUGCCGGCGCUGACAAUGAAAACCUCAAAACCGACUCGUCCGCGCCCGCCGACCAGGGAAGCCGUGCUGCAGACGCUGCAAGUAGCAACGAAGCGACCGGACCGACGAAGAAGAGAAGCCCUGAUAACGUGGCCAACGGUAUCUCGAGGUUAUCUCAGCAUCAUAUAAAUAAUAACAGUAGUGGCAUACCCAUCGACGUGUCUGCCAGUAAAGAAAAUCCAAGUAUCUCGAUACUAACAGACACCAGUUAG